AUGGAUUCGCAGUGGCAGCCAUACCAGGAUCCCUUAAUGGGUCGUCCUGCGCAGUUGAAUAAUGGGUUGACGUCUAAUCCACCACAGCCCGGUCCCAAAUACGGCGGUCAACCACAACAGUCCCAACCGCCUGUGGGAUACACCUACGAAGCCUUUCAAACCCCCGGUGUCGCAGCAAAGCCCGCGUCGGCCGGUAUGAACUCAAAAUCCGUAUCGAUGGCGUCGUCUCCAGCUGCGACGCCACGUAGCCGCGAUUAUGUCACCGAUGCAGACACGACAAUGGAAGAUGCGGAUCCGUAUAACCGGGCGAAAUAUUCAACAAGACCAUCCCAUCAUAGCCGGCCUUCCUCCCAAUACUUUCCCAGUGAGGAAUCAUCGGCCGCCCGUAGGUAUUCUCCGAUGAACGUGCUGUCACCCUCGAUGCCCUACAAUACGAGUCCCGGAAAGCCUCACAACGCGUAUGCCUUUCCGCCUGGGCCGAAUCAAUCUCGCCGUUCGCCAACAAGAGUGCCAAAUUACUCCUCGCCGCCUCAGCCGUUUCAGUCGCCUCCCUCUGGUUCACGCGCCCCGCGGCUUCCCCCUUUACAGCCCACAGACAUGAGCCCAGAGCAAUUUUAUCCCCCGUCGGCAGGUUCUCAACUCAGUGCACCUUUUGGACAAGAUGGAAGAUCUCCUCGCUCUGCGUCGAUAUCUGGCGGCAGCCAACAACCAGGCCGAGGCCCAGUACCAAAGUUCCAGAAGAUCAAAUCUGUUCAGGAGCUGAAGCCGCGCGUUAAUGCGCAACCCCCAUUUAGACGUGCUAACCCUGAGGGUGGCUUCAUUAGUCCGCUCCAAGCCCUGACUACGCACCUCCCUGCCACAUAUCGGAUAUGCAACCCUGGCUUUAACUACGAAUCCUCGAGAAACCCAAGGCGAGUUUUGACAAAGCCCAGCAAGGGCGUCAAGAAUGAUGGCUACGACAAUGAGGACAGUGACUACAUUCUGUACGUCAACGACAUUUUGGGGAGCGAGGAAGCAGGCCACAAGAAUCGCUACCUCAUUCUCGAUGUACUAGGACAGGGAACUUUCGGACAAGUCGUGAAGUGUCAGAACCUAAAAACACAGGAAGUCGUGGCUGUCAAAGUAAUCAAGAACAAGACCGCAUAUUUCAACCAAAGCAUGAUGGAAGUGUCUGUCUUGGAUCUGCUCAACAGCAGAUAUGACAAGAAUGAUGACCACCAUCUGCUACGACUUAAGGACACAUUCAUUCACCGACAGCAUCUUUGUUUGGUAUUUGAAAUACUAAGUGUGAAUCUUUACGAGUUAAUCAAACAGAACCAAUUCCGAGGGUUGAGCACGACACUAGUGCGUGUAUUUGCUCAACAGCUUCUAAACGCGUUGAGCCUGCUGAAUAAGGCGCACUUGAUUCACUGCGACUUGAAGCCAGAGAAUAUAUUGUUAAAAAAUCUGGAGAGUCCCAUAAUCAAGGUCAUCGAUUUUGGUUCUGCUUGUGAUGAACGACAGACGGUCUAUACAUAUAUACAGUCAAGGUUUUACCGUUCCCCGGAGGUUCUCCUUGGAUUACCUUAUUCUUCGGCGAUCGACAUGUGGUCACUUGGAUGCAUCGUCGUUGAACUCUUCCUGGGGUUACCUCUCUUUCCAGGAUCUUCAGAAUACAAUCAGGUUUGCCGGAUUGUGGAAAUGCUAGGUCUGCCGCCAACGUGGAUGUUAGAGAUGGGAAAACAGUCUGGUGAAUUCUUCGAAAAGACUCAGGACGAGUUUGGAAGAAAGACAUAUCGCCUUAAAAGCCUGGAGCAAUAUUCGCGGGAGCAUGGCACGAAGGAGCAGCCGAGCAAAAAGUACUUCCAGGCGUCGACAUUAGAAGAGAUAAUUCGAAGCUACCCGAUGCCGAGAAAAAACAUGAAACAAGCAGAAAUUGAGCGAGAGCUAAACAACCGAGUGGCUUUCAUUGAUUUUGUUCGCGGCUUGCUAUCAAUCAAUCCGCUGGAGCGGUGGUCUCCACAACAAGCCAAGCUGCAUCCUUUCAUCACACAACAGAAGUUCACAGGGCCUUUUGUACCUCCCAUGAACCUGAAAUAUUCCUCUCUUAACAAGACUGUUGCUCCUGGUAUUCAGCAGCAGCAGCAGGCUGAGGCCGCAAGCAAACAAAGAGCGGCGCAAGCAGCACACGCUCAGUCGGCUGCACAGACUGCCUUCUCGAUGCAACUGAACCAGUUCCACACACCCACUCAUGCCCAGCCCCCACCUCCCAUGUACAACGGAGUGUUCACAGGCCACCAACAAGGCGCCCCUCCGCCAUACCCUACCCAGCAGCCACCUGGCUACGGUCAUCAGAUGAAUCUUAUGCCAGGCCAGAUGCCCCAAUCACAGUACGCACCAUCCCAGAGUCUUUAUGCCCAGGCAACUACAAGAGCGGGUCGGCAACGUGCCUCCACGAUGGACCCUCAGGGUGGCGGGGUCCCACCGACCAUUCAGCGAGUUGCCAGCCAUCUCGACCCGAACGCACCCAUUCGAUUACAGCCCAGCCCGGCAUAUUACCCUCCCCCUCCUGACGGAUAUGUUGACACCGGUGCUGCGAAUCAACGACGACGAGGAAGUCGCGCAGGUGGCACACGUAAUCGUGACUUCAUUAGGACCCUUGAAGACGGUGUAUUAGGGGGAGAUGGCUUCAUGGGUCAGAAUCAGUGGCACUAA